CCUCCUCCUCCAGACCGUCUACUCAAAUGCAAAGCGUGGCUUCACUUCGCUUUCAUCGUUCCACCCUGCACUCUUGACAGCAUUACAAACGUUCGUCAUGAGAGUUACAGGCUCGCAAGGCAGACCCAAAGCUGACUACGCGCCUUCAAGUGUAGACCACCUGACGGAUGCACAGCUUAUGACCGUCUUGUCGGAAGGGAGAAGAAGAUACCACCCGGGAGCCAUUGCACUCACCGACCACGUAUUUCGUGUCAAUGAAACCAUCGUCGCGAAGUACUGUCGGGAUUAUGGUGCGCUGCCAUCCGACGCGCUGCCAUCCGAGGCUCUGACACUCGACCUUGUCUUCCAUCACACGAGGAUCCCAGUCCCUCGUGUGAGGCGUGUCGUCCACCCCGACAAGACCCCCGCUGCUUGGGUCUUCAUGGACCGUAUCCCUGGGAAACAGUUAUCUGCAGUAUGGCCUACGAUGUCCGUAGCAGAACGACUUCGUGUCGUAUUCACGCUACGUGACUACGUCCGCCAACUCCAGGCCAUCCGCCACCCCCGUGCUGCGGUUCCCGGUCCAGUAGCGCCGGGCACCGACGUUCGCCAUUGUAUCUCGCCAGUGUUCGGUCAAGUGAUAGAUGUCCGCGGACCCUUCGCAUCGUACGACAAGCUGUCUUCUUGGUUCGAUCAAGCCCAGCGUCUUGUUACCAGGAACACGCAGCAAGCUCUGCAGAGUCCCCUUCAUCAUAUCUCAUUCAAGACUCUCAUGGGAACGUCGCCUCUCGUACUCUGUCACCAGGAUCUUCACAUGCGCAAUAUCAUCGUCGGUGAUGAUGGGAGACUCUGGCUCAUCGACUGGGAGUUUGCGGGCUUCUACCCGCCGUGGUUCGAGUAUCUCGCGAUGAAGGAACAAUCGCGGAAUGAGGAGAGGGUUAUGAAUCGGGAAGAACCAUUCUGGGAUCUGAUGAUACCUUUCAUCUGCGGCCCGCAUUAUCGUGAAGAGGCAUGGAUGCGCUGCUCCAUCAAUAUUGCUCUCGAUUAUCGCUUCGAGGAACAGCGUUGAGUAGCGUUUUACAUUGGAUGGUGCCUUUGGCUUUUACCAUGUUUAUAUGCUUUUUUUUGGCCGCCGUGAUCGUUGCCAUUCUGAAGUCUCGACUGAUUGUUACCUUGAAUGAUGAGCAUGACUCACUCGUCGGAUAAUGUCGACCCUGGAGAGGACAUCUUGUAUCACCUGCGAAGACGCAGACUGCCUC